CGACAUUAUAUAACUGCCCCGCGGCCGGACCACGCGGCGACCGCGCCUCCACGUCACGCGCGCCGCCGCCCGCCGGAGAGGAUCCGCUCUUCACCUAGCAGCCGGAGCGCCCGAUGGCGCCGGCCCCGGCUGGGCACGCCUACCGUGCUUCGGCUUCGGUUGAGGUUUUUAUGCAACCAACUUACACAUGUAAUGGAACUCAGAUAUUUGCAGGCCUAACAGGUGCUCUGCAGGCAGCAUCUAGAGGAUCGUAUGCUCAGUUCUGCAAUUUCCAAGGAUUAGUGAACAAUGGACUUUUUUACAGAAGGGGAAACCCUCUCCCCUUGAGAUACUCUUUUCGCUCCUUGCAAGCAAGAAAUAACCAUUCAUCAGCCGUUGCACCUAAGGACUAUUGUGAAACUUAUAUCCAUUUUUUAAGAGAUAAACGUAUAGUUCCUGAUUCAGAACCACCAACCUCUAAAGAUGUGGACCUACUGUAUCGGUUUAUCGAUAAGAGUAAAAGGCUCAUGGUGGUAACUGGAGCAGGAAUGAGCACUGAGUCUGGAAUUCCUGAUUACAGGAGUCCUAAUGGUGCAUACAGUUCUGGUUUCAAACCACUUACUCAUCAGGAGUUUGUUCGGUCUAUUCGAGCUAGGAGGCGGUACUGGGCUAGGAGCUAUGCUGGGUGGAGGAGGUUCACAAGAGCACAACCAAAUGCAGCGCAUUAUGCUCUUGCAUCUCUAGAAAGGAUUGGUCGUGUUCACAUGAUGGUUACCCAAAAUGUGGAUAGGCUGCAUCAUCGUGCUGGAAGUAAACCACUUGAGCUGCAUGGGAGUGUAUAUGAGGUAAUUUGUUUAGACUGUGGUACAUCCAUCAGCCGAGAGUCAUUCCAGGAGCAAGUGAAGGACCUCAACCCAAAGUGGGCUGAAGCUAUCGAUAGUUUGGAAGUGGCACAACCAGGUUCAGACAAAAGUUUUGGAAUGCAGCAGCGACCUGAUGGUGAUAUUGAGAUUGAUGAGAAGUUUUGGGAACAGGAUUUUGAAAUUCCUAAUUGCCAUCAAUGUGAUGGAGUGCUAAAACCUGACGUUGUGAUGUUUGGUGAUAAUGUUCCUCAAGAGAGAGCUGAGAGCGCUAAGGAGGCCGCAAGAAAUUGUGAUGCACUUUUGGUGGUUGGCUCGGCACUAAUGACAAUGUCGGCUUUUAGGCUGGCAAGGCUUGCGCACGAAGCAAAUGCUCCAAUAGCUGCGGUUAGCAUCGGGGAGACAAGGGCUGACAGCAUUUUAUCACUCAAAAUCAAUGCAAGAUGCGGGGAGAUAUUGCCCAGAAUACUGCAGAUGGGAAGUCUAGCUGUACCUAACAUAAGCUGAACAUUGCUGUUAAAAUAUCCAAGUCGUCUUGUCUGGUGAGACGACUCUCGUCGGCCAUAAGCACAACAUUUGGAAAACACAAUUAGCUGUGUUGAAGACAAGGGGAAACAUGUGGCUAUCUGUGAGAUGUCCUAGGAACGCGAAGGUCAAUGACAUCAUGGUUUGGGCAGGAGCAUUAGUACCCAGAAAAGGUGAUUUCCAAACUGAUCAUAGGGAACAAGUACAGUAAUCAUUCCCGGAACCAUUGUCAAUGUAUUUCCUCAAAAAAGAAAACAAUGUUAAUGUGUUGUAACAUGUAAAGAAAGAAUCCAAGGUCGUUAGACAACAUCAUCACGAUGCUUGUAACCAGAGCAAUGUUUUCUUUUAAGAAAUAAAAUUUACUCAGUGCUGCCCCGAA